GUUCCGUAUGAUGUACAAUAUUAUACAUUUAAAGAAGCAAGGAAGAUUCUGUUGAUAUCUCAGAAUUAAAACUUAUUCCAUCAGUCAAAUUAAAACUUAUCAGGAAUCGUGUUUUUAAUGACGCUAAGUUCUAUUUCCUAAUAAUUUCAAACAAAAAGUGAUCUGUCUGGCUCCACUGGCCAGAGAUAUCACUUGCAGUUAAAUGCUCUCUGUUCCGGCUUAGUUCAAUGUAUGAAGAAAUUACUGAAUGAGGCUGAUCACCAAAGAGGUCGGGAUGCAAACCAAGAAAAAACAUUUUCAGGAUCUUAAAUGAUUAAUAGAAGAAAAUGAAAAAAGAGUCGAUUGCAAUGGAGCAAAGCAUUUGGCACAACUGAACGUGGCAGGGUGAUCUUAUUUGGUUCUGUCUGAACUCAGCGGCUCAGAGACUGCUUCGCUGCAGUGAGAGUGGGAUGGGUAGGUUGGAUGAACUCGGGGAAAUGCUAGUUAGAAAAGUCUUUUUUCUACUGCAUUUUUUAAACAUGACAAAGGGAAAACAAGGAUGUAAAAAUUCUAGCUUUGCAGAUAAAAUACAACCAUGUUUUUCAACAUGUAAUCAUUGCAUUGAAUAAAAAGGCAGGUUUACAUUUCAGACUUUAGCAAAAAAUGUAAACCAAAGUGAACCAAUUUUGGAUUAUUUAAAAAAAUAUAUUUCUGAAUUGGUAAAUUCUUGAAAACAAAAUAAUUUCUAUACAGUUAGUGAUGAUUGGAUAUGUUUUCACUGGCAUUCAGAGGACUUAUCUUGAGCAUAAUACUUGAUGGACAUAACAUUCAUUCACUGGAGAUUAAGAACAUCAUUCAGAUAAGAAGUUGUUUUGUCUAAUCUAAAAUCUAAAAGGUUCUGUUAAGGCUAUUUUGAAAAUAUUUGAAGAAAAGCAUUCUGUUCUUGUGGGUGAAAAUGUACCCACACAAUAAAUAAGGAGAGUUUAGUGAAAAAAAUACUUUAGGAUUUCAUUAGAUUUUGUAAACACUAAUAUUUAAUUCCUAAAAUACUCCAUAUUUCACACAGAAAAAGCUAAACCAAGUGGCUGCUUAAUUGUGACCAAAAAUAAUAAUAACAAAUAAUUGAGAAAUUUAAUUGUUUAAAACUAAUUUAUUGUUAGAUUAUCCUAAUAUUAUUUGAUGUAUGCAGAUUACUGUUCUGUGACUUUUUUUAAACAUCCUAGCUUUGUAUUAAGUAAGUUAUUGUGACCAAAAUGUUCACCAGGGAACUGUCUAAAAAGUACUGAAUUUCAUUGGGGUUAUUUUACUUCCUUUUGACGUCGUCUUAGUAAAUUAAGCAGGAGCCUGCUCAAACACCGAUAUUGGCUGACCUGAAUUACCGGUUAUGAUUACAGAGGUACAAGUUAACAUGGACAACGUGGACCUCAAUAUCUCUACAGAUGCUGGUUUUCAAACUGUGAGCUCAUUCUGUAAGACGUCAAGCUGUCUGUCCGCUUUUAGGCUUGUAGAUGAUGCUUCUGAUUUCCAAAAACUUACAUUUUAACUACUGAAGUUACAUUUUUCUUCAGACCAGCCUAAGUAGACUGCAACCCACAACAGAUGACAGGGUCGGUAAAGAUGCAGUGGAAAAGUGUUUCAAAUAACAAUGGUUUUUAAAAGGUUAUGUUUGCACUGUGGUUUUGAACUGUGAUGAAUGACUGACAUACUUUUUACACUUACAAAACCCGGCGUGUAUUUAGCAACUUCUGCCCCGUGUUGCCAAUGUACUGUUUUUCUUUUACUUGAUUAUCUUAAUAAGUAUAUAUUUAGACAUGAAAAUCUCUGUUUCAAAAAUAGAUGUCAUGUUUUAGUCCAGGAUUAAAUGUAAUGUAUGUUCCAUUCAAUUUAUUUAUAUAAUACCAGUUGUAAUAAAUGGCAUUGAGGUAAUUUGCAAGACAAACAGGUCCAAAUCAUGAAUCAAGUUCGGUCCAAACUCAUUACAAAGCACGUCUUUAGAGGUUUAAUUAAUUUUUAAGUUGAGGAAUUCAGUUUUCUAGUGAUUUUCCAGCUUCCCAACUUUAUUUUACUCAGGCUUCUUCUAUAGCUCUACAAAUGUAUAAUCAAUGUCAUGACAUGCUGUCUGAAAUACUAAAAUCUAUAAAAAGUAGUUUGCAGGCUAAAAUCUAAGGGGAAAGUGACUAGAUAUAAAAAACAAAAAAACAGUGUGCCUUAAAAUCAAAAAGAAUGGUUGUGAAACUCCACACUCAAACGUUAUUAUUAUUAUUAUUAUUAUUAUUAUUAUUAUUAUUAUUAGUAUUAUUAUUAUUAUUAUUGGCCACAGAAAGAGUGGGAACAUUUUACUGUCAUCUAUAAUAAUAAUAAUAACAAUGAAGAUGGUAACGGCCAACUGAAAAGCCUUAAUAGUUAAACACACAUCAUCUAAAUGAUAAAAAGCACUGAGAUCACACUAAUUAAAAUCGAUUAGGGUUAAUAAAAUCACCAGUAAAUCUACAAACUAAUAAUACAAGUAUUACCUUAUGAUGAGACAUAAACAACCUAUUAUUGAGUUAAGCAGCUCUAAUCAUUAUAUGGGGCAUUUUAAUUAAAGAUCACUUGCCAUAAAACCCCGUAAACUCCCCAUGAUCUCCAGGCUGGCGUCUCCACUACUGCCACCUAAACAGCCUGUCAGAACUGUCACCUUCUGAGCCUUUAUUGCUGCAUUUAUCUCACCUCGCAGGUGAGAUAAAAGUCUGAGAUGUGUUAAAAUAUCGCAUCGUCAACGUGUAUUGAAGAAACCAUGACAUCUUUAAUAAUUAUAAUAGACCUGCGGUAUAAGUUGAGGUAAACAUGUAUUCAGUUUUGUCCUAAUUUGACAUCUGGUUAGUCUCCUUGUAAACAACCUGAUAAUCGUCUAAAACAGUUAAUAAAAUUUGAUUGACCCUUAAUUUCUUGUUGAUAGUUUCGAUGUUCCUGAGCCAUCCAGCACAUACCCGGACACAUCUCCAUUCUCGACAAAAAAGACAAAACUAUUGUCUACUGUCAUUAUUAACCAAUUCAAAUACUUAAAUAUGCUUUUAGUUAAGCACAAAUCAUGGAACUGGUGCUGAAGGGCUCUUGGUUUCAGUCUUGCAGAAAAAUGAAUGUGGGCGAUAUCUAAUUAGAAAGGAUUAUCCUCACCCCCAUUGUCCAGCGCGCUGAGUGAAUUGUUGUUUUAAGGGAUUUUAGUGUUUUAGAAGGGAUUUAAUAGAAAACCGUAACCUUAAUCACUGGCUUGGACAUCCCCCUCAUCAAUGCGGAUAAAGUUUGUGGAGUGGCAGAAACUGUCAUGAUGAGCGUUGAUGAUGGGAAUGAUUAUGUGAAAUCAAGACAAUUAAGCACAGGACUAAAUGGAUUAUCCAUUUAAAUUGAAAAUCCAAACGUUUUAUAACUACAUUUUAUUCAGUAAAAAAAAAAAAGGUCAAAUUAGAUAACGUCCAAUAAAAUGACCACGCCGUGGAGCAGCUUGAGCAUAAACAGAUGUGUUUAUGCUCCUGUAAAUUCCAGACUUUCUUCACACCGAGUUGUUUCCCAGGGAAAUAUCCAUUAUUUUAUUAUCACGACCAUGUCAAUAUCGCCAACGUGUCAGGCGGUAUUUACAUGACUGUAUGGCGUCCAGCCUGAAAAGCUUUGAGGCUUUGUAGUGCCAGGUUGACCCCCGUGGGACACCGGUGCCAUUUCCCGAACAGUCCAUGAACACAACAAGCCCCACUACUGCCCUUCCGUAAUAGAUAUGAAUAGAUGUAAUUAUUGUCAGCUAUUUCAUGUAUUUUGGGGCGAUCGAGAUGGGAUGGUGUAUUAAUGUUAUGCUGCUGGUCCGUUUCAGAGGUUUGUAGCCCUGAAGCAUUAUGGACAUGCAUGCAUCGAAUAAGGAGUCGUGCUCUGAUUUAAUUCAAUUGCAUUACCUUGUAUUCGUGGGAAAAGCAUAUAUGGAUUGGAGCCUGAGAGCAACAGGUGAAUGAGGGGCAUGUACUUUGAAGUGCACUUAUGCACCGACGAGCCCUUGUCUGUCAAUGGGACGCAGCAAUCUUUUCACAGCGAGACGCUACCUGCAGGACAAAACUGUCAAUCAGUGGGGCUUGAGUAUAUAAAUAUCAUCGGAGAGCAGGGAAACAGGGAAGUCAAGAAAACUAGCAGCCAUGGGACAACUGGAUGUCCCCUGGGCCAUGGCCUUGUCCAUGCUCUGUCUCUUCCAACUUGCUUCUACAUGGUGCGUCCAUUCCUUCAGAUUUAAUUCAUUUCUUACACCAUAUUAUCUGUUAGUCUCUCCUCUGUCAUGCUUUAAUGUGAACAUGUUGUUUUCUCUCCACAGGACAGAAAAUAAUGUUCUCAUGACCGGCCCAAAGGCGUUUCUGAACUACGCCAGAAGCGUGCAGAUAGGCGCACAGUGUGGAAUAAAGGAGUGUAAACACCAGUUCGCUUGGGACAAGUGGAACUGUCCAGAAAGCACGCUUAAACUAUCCACACUUAACGGCCUCCGAAUUGCCACAAGGGAGACCUCGUUUGUGCACGCCAUCAGCGCUGCAGGAGUGAUGUACUCGCUCACCAAGAACUGCAGUUUGGGGGACUUUGAUAGCUGCGGCUGCGAUGACACACGGAUUGGCCAGACAGGAGGCACAGGAUGGAUUUGGGGAGGUUGCAGUGACAAUAUAGCGUUUGGAGAAAAUAUCUCCCGACAGUUUGUGGACACCCUGGAAGAUGGACAUGACUCUCGAGCAGCCGUCAACCUCCGUAACAACGAGGCGGGAAGACUGGCGGUCAAAGCAACGAUGAGGAAAGUCUGCAAAUGUCACGGGGUUUCUGGAAGCUGCAGCAUCCAAACCUGCUGGAUGCAGCUGGCGGACUUCAGAGAGGUGGGGAACUACCUGAGGAUAAAGCACCGACACGCCAAGAAGCUGGAGUUGGACAAGAAACAAAUGAAAGCGGGUAACAGCGCGGGCAGCAGGAGAGCCAUAGCGCACGCCUUUCGGGGCAUCUCCAGAACGGAGCUCGUAUACCUGGAGGACUCCCCAAAUUACUGCAUCAAGAACCAGAGCCUGGGGGUGCAGGGCACAGAAGGGCGGGAGUGCCUGAAGGGCCACAGGAACAUAUCCCAGUGGGAGAGGAGGAACUGCCGCCGGUUGUGCUACGAAUGCGGGCUCAGAGUGGUGGAGAGACAAACUGAGGUGGUCAGCAGCUGCAACUGCAAGUUUCACUGGUGCUGCACAGUCAAGUGUGAACGAUGCAGGCAGGUUGUCACUAAAUAUUACUGCGCGCGUAAAGACGGUGCGAGGAAAGAGCACAAUAAUACAAAGCGCAAACCCGUGGCACGCCGACAAUGACUGUCAUUAAUUA